UUUCCUCUCGUCGCGUUGGUUUUUUUUGUUUGUGCAGUUUGUCGAAAAUAUUAUCGUGUGUGAUGUUGUGUGGCAUAAAAUAUGGAAAGAUUUGGGUGCAGUGACCUGAUAUCUGCCUUUUUGCACAGGGAAAUACUGUAUGAUCUGAGUUGAUCAGAGACUCAAAAAUGACAUCGCGGUUGGACCGUCUGUUCGUGCUACUCGAGGCAGGAGCGGGGGCGGCGACCAGACGGGCGGCCGCGAGACAACUAGGCGAAGUGCAAAAGGCGCAUCCUGAGGAGUUAUACCGACUCCUCGGGCGACUCAUGAAGCAUCUGCGCUCACAGGCCUGGGAGACGCGGGUUGCUGCUGCACAGGCGAUCGAAGCAAUACUAUCGAAUGUUCCAGAAUGGCGGCCAACACCGUUUGUAGGAAAAAAAGAAGAGAAACCAGAUCCGGAGGACAACGGACGGCUGCGAUGCGAGACCUUCGAUAUAGAGAAGGUGCUAAAGAACGGUGCGCACCUGAUGGGCUCCGAGGGUCACGAGUAUGACAUGGAAGAGGAAGCCUUGUCCGCUGCAGAUAUGAAGGAGAGAUUAGUGAAGCAACGUCAGCAGUUGAACUCCAGGUUGGGUCUGGACGUGGCUCAGCAGCUGGGUGUCGAUCUCACGUCCGUGUAUACCAAUGAAGACCUGUGUCCCGUUAAGCCACAAACUAAUAAGACUGAAACGCCUAGGAGGCCAGUACAAGAACUAGUCCCGACCGUGUCAUCUAAAACAUUAAGUUCCCGUGAGAUGAACCUCGCGAAGCGGAAAGCGCGAGCGGCGUUCAGCAAACAGAAGUCGAGAGACUGCGAGGACGGGACGUCGGCGCCGCCCACACCGCCCGUAGAGCCCGAUAGAAAGAAAAUCAAAUUGGAACCACCCGAUGAGUUUGUUUUGGAGGGGAGUGCGUGCGUGCCGGAGCGUUCGGGCGCGUGGGCGGGAGAAUGCUCGCGCUGGCCGCUGGAGGCGUGGAGUUGCGCGCUGCAGGCGCAGCUGUUCGGUGCGGCCUGGGAGGCUCGCCACGGAGCUGCGAGCGCGUUACGUGAACUGCUGCGUGCGCGAGUAUCCGCCGGCGCGGGCAUGCACGCGCACAUGACUGAGCAACAGAUGGAAGACGCUCAUCAAGAAUGGCUGGAGGAUAUGGCGCUUAGGUUAUUAUGCGUACUCGCAUUAGACAGAUUUGGCGACUUUGUAUCUGAUCAGGUGGUGGCGCCAGUGCGGGAGACGUGCGCGCAGACACUGGGCGUAGCGUUGGCGCACAUGCGGGCCGAGCGCGUGCGGCUGGUGGCCGCGCUGCUGGCCGCGCUCUCACGACAGCCGCAGUGGGAGGCUCGCCACGGGGCGCUGCUCGGCUACAAGUACCUGCUCGCCGCGCGGGAGGAGGAGGCGAUGUCGUGCGGCGCGCUGGAGGUGGUGCGCGGCGCGCUGGCGGACGGCGCGGAGGACGUGUCGGCGGUGGCGGCCGCCGCGCUCGUGCCGGCCGCCGGCGCGCUCGCCGCCUGCGGGCCCGCGCACGUCGCCGCCGUCGUCGCCAGGCUCUGGCAGCUGCUGCACGACCAGGACGACCUAGCCGCGCCCGCAAUGCAGUACCUGGCGCUACUUGCUGCGCUCGCGGCGUUGCCUCGAGCCGCCGCCGCUUUACAUCCAAUCGAUCUAUCGGACGUGCUCCCACGUCUUUGGCCGUAUCUCGAUCAUUCCACCAGUUCAGUGAGGAAGGCAGCGCUUCAGACCCUAUGCACUCUAACCAGACCACUCGUCAUCACCGAAACCAAGAAUGGCACCGAGACAAAUGGCGACAGUGUAAAUUCUGAACAGAACGGCGACGAUGAUAGUCAAUAUUUAAUGUGGACCCCAGAACUACUGCAGGAGGCAAUGAGACAUAUCUAUCAGAGGGUUUUAUUCGAGCACAUACCUGAAAUCCAAGAUAUAGCGGUGCAGGUGUGGGACAACCUGAUGCAGCACGCGCGGCUGGGCGCGAUCCUGGUGGCGGCGUGUCCGAUGCUGGCCACGUGGCUGUGCCUCGCCAUGCAGCCCGCCAGGCUGCCCGUCGAGCCCACUCUGCUGCUGCACGUCUCACCCAAGGAGCGUCGCACGCGGACUACGUCACAAGGCACGGGCGGCGGCGGCGGCGCUGGAGCGGAAGCGGAAACGGAGGCGGAAGCGGCGCGCGUCUGCCCGCGCUGGGUGCUGGGCGGCGGUGACUCGCAGCCGGCCGCGCUGCGUGACCGCGGAGUGAUGCGCGCGCGCACCCGCGCCGCACACCUGCUCGGUUACCUCUCGUGCUACCUAGUCCAGCCGGCGCCUGGUAUAGAGUACAAAGCUGAGGAUGAGAGUCCUAUAGACUGUUAUGUUAAGGUGAUGGUGGUGUACCUGCGGUCGGGCAGCGCGCUGCAGCGGCUGGUGGGCGGGCUGGUGGUGUCCGCGUGGGCGCGCCACCACCGCCGCCUGCGCCGCCCGCCCACACGCGGUCCCGCCCUCAAUGGCAACCACCACACACAGGAAAGUGAUAUGGAAGUGGAUACCGCUAGUGUAGAGAAUGGUGUAUCGACACUAGCGCCCCCUCUACUGACCUCAACAUUACACACGGCACUGAACCAAGCUCUCUACUACGACGAAGUCGCCUUAAACUGUAAUAGGAUAUUACAAGAGGCCCGCGAUCUUCACGCGCUGAUGAAACACUACAAGCUGCAAGUGGAUAGUGAAGAAUUCAACAACAUAUUUAGAUUGGAACAGGUGUCCAAGCUGACGACGGUGACGCAGCCGAUGGUGGCUGCGAUGAAGUUGAAACGCGUCGCUCAGACCCUGGAGGAGCGCCGCAAGAAUCUCCAGUCAUCAGUGGGACAGUGCUCCAGCGAGCAGAGCACCCUCAACGUCUCUGUACAAGCCGCUUUAGCGGGUGCUUGUGCCAACCUCCAUGCGCUGCCUGAGAAGUUAAACCCGGUGGUUCGUCCGCUGAUGGAGAGCAUCAAGCGGGAGUGCAGCGAGGAACUGCAGCAAAACUCAGCGGAUACGCUGGCGGUGUUACUAGCGCAGCUGGUUCAUAGGGAACCGUGUCCUAACAACAAAGUCCUUGUUAACCUGAAAGCAUUCUUAAGGUGCGAUCCAGAGUUUACGCCGCGCAUCUCGCUGGAGAGCGCCGAUGACGCGGAGUCUGGUGGCAGCGGUGACAGCGGCCCUGAGACCCGAAGCGAUCCCCAGGCGCAUAAGAACGACCACAUUGCCGUGGACAAAUACUCGGGCAUUCUGACGUUGUGGGAGCAGCAGCGGGCGGCGGAGCGAUGGGCGCCUCGACGUGGUCGGCCGCCGGCCACGCCCGUCACGCCCGCCACGCCCACCACGCCCACCACGCCUACCACACCCUCCACACCGCACACCGCCGCCGCGCUCGCUCUCGAACACGUGUUCGCGCAGGAGGACGAGGCCCGCAAACUACUUCGGAUACAGCGCCGUGGUGCCACGCUGGCACUGGUCAGCCUGACAAAGUAUUUCGGAAACGAAUUGCCCGACAAGUUGCCGAAGCUGUGGGAAUUCAUCACCGAACCAUUUGCCAAAGUGAUGACAGAUAGUGAGUUGGAGUCUCAGUCGGUGGAGGCGGCGGAGGAGCUGGUGUCGCAGCUGCAGGUAUUCGAAGCGGUGUGCGCGCACGUGGACGACGCUUUAUGGCAGCGGCUGCAGCAAGCACCUGCCGCGUGCUGUGCGCUGUCCCGCAGCGCUUACACCGCUGUGCGGCACAUGGCGGCGCGUGCGCUCGCCGUCAUGGCGGCCAGGGAUGAUGCCGCUGUUAUGCACACCAUCAUGCAGGAGCUAAUCCCCGCGCUGUGCGAGUCGAGCGUGGAGCGCGUGCGGUGCGGCGCGGCGGAGGCGCUGGCGCGCGUGGUGGACGUGCUGCAGCUGCAGGUCGUGCCCUACAUCGUGCUGCUGCUCGUGCCGCUACUAGGGCGCAUGAGCGACUCGUGCGCGGCGGCGCGCGUGAUGUCGACGCGGUGCUUCGCGUCGCUGGUGCGGCUGGUGCCGCUGCAGGGCGCCGUGCGCGCGCCGCCGCUCUCCGCCGAGCUGCGCGCCAGGCGCCGCGCCGACCAGCGCUUCCUCGACAACCUGUUCGCGCCCGCCUCCAUACCGGACUACCGCGUGCCCGUGCCGCUCGCCGCAGACCUGCGCUCCUACCAGCAGGCAGGGAUCAAUUGGCUGAGGUUCCUGUACGAAUACCGGUUACACGGAGUGCUCUGCGACGACAUGGGGCUGGGCAAGACCCUACAGUCCAUAGUAGUGGUGGCGUCCUCACACUGGGAGCGAGCUCGAGAUAAACUGCCAGCUCUACAGUCGCUAGUCGUUUGCCCCCCAACGCUUACAGGCCAUUGGGUAUUUGAAGUUAACAAAUUCAUUCCGUCGAAAUUCCUGAAGCCUCUCCAAUAUGUCGGUCCACCGAUCGAGCGCGAACGGCUCCGCGGGCACGUGAAGUUCUACAACCUCAUUGUGGCGUCGUACGAUAUCGUCCGCAAGGAUAUAGAAUUCUUCAGCAGCAUUAAGUGGAACUACUGUAUAUUAGAUGAGGGGCACGUCAUCAAGAAUGGAAAGACGAAGGCGUUCAAAGCAAUAAAACAGAUAGACGCAAACCAUAGACUGAUAUUAUCCGGUACUCCAAUACAGAACAACGUGCUGGAGCUGUGGUCGCUGUUCGACUUCCUGAUGCCGGGCCUGCUGGGCACGGAGCGGCAGUUCACCGCGCGGUACUCGCGGCCCAUCCUCGCGGCCCGCGACCCGCGCGCCGCGCCGCACCACCUGCAGGCCGGCGCGCUCGCCUGCGAAGCGCUGCACAGGCAGGUGUUACCGUUCCUAUUGCGUCGCGUAAAGGAGGACGUGCUGAAGGAACUCCCGCCCAAGAUCACUCAGGACUACUACUGCGAGCUGAGCCCACUGCAGCGGCGGCUGUACGAGCACUUCUCGCGGGAGCACAUGCCGCAGGGCAUUACUAGUCACACGCACGUCUUCCAGGCAUUGCACUAUCUACAAAACGUAUGCAACCAUCCGAAGUUAGUGCUGACGGCGGAUCACCCGGAGGCGGCUAAGGUGGCGCAACAACUGGCUACGCAGCGGUCCAACUUAGACGAUAUCGAGCACUCGGCCAAAUUGCCCGCACUCAAACAACUACUGCUGGACUGCGGUAUCGGCAUGGCGGUACCCGAGCCCGCUAGCGGAGUCUCGGCGAUAGUGUCUCAGCACCGGGCGCUGGUGUUCUGCCAGCUGAAGAAGAUGCUGGACAUUGUGGAGAAAGACCUCCUGCAACGGCACCUGCCGGCCGUCACGUACCUGCGGCUGGACGGCAGCGUGCCGCCGCAGCAGCGGCACGCGAUCGUGACCAGGUUCAAUACGGACGUCUCCAUCGAUCUAUUGCUGCUCACCACUGCGGUGGGUGGGCUAGGAUUGAAUUUGACGGGCGCGGAUACAGUGAUCUUCGUGGAGCACGACUGGAACCCAAUGAAGGACCUGCAGGCGAUGGACCGCGCCCACCGUAUUGGACAGAAGAAGGUCGUCAACGUGUACCGGCUCAUCACCAGGGACACGCUCGAGGAGAAGAUCAUGGGGUUACAAAAAUUCAAGCUACUAACAGCAAACACGGUGAUCAGCAGCGAAAACGCAGCCUUAGAAACAAUGGGCACUGAACAGCUUCUAGACCUAUUCCAGCUGUCCAAUGGACAAUCCAGCCAACCCCAGCCUGGGUCGUCCACAAGCAAGUCCAUCCUCGAUACACUGCCAGAUCUGUGGGACGACAAACAAUACGAGGAGGAAUAUGAUAUGUCAAACUUUAUUAAAGGUCUCAACAAAAUGGGCACAUAAUCAUUAAGAGAAAUGAGUAUUAUUAAUACUUAUAGCCAAAAGUAAUGAACUGGUGUGACUUUUAUGUCGUAAUUAGACUAUAUGAUAAUAGAAUUAAAUAGUUGAAUAUAGAAGAAUAGUCUAUGUUCUAUCUCACGAUAUAAAUCGUGGUAUCAAAACUAUUCCAUUUAAUGUUCUGAAGUUCUGAUAUCUAAAUCUGAUUUCAGAAUUCUUUAUUUAAAUUUUGAAUAGUGAAAUGUCGACCACCUCCACUCAAUAUUUACGUAAACUUGUGUUUAAUAAUUCUUAAUUUAAAUAUUCACAAAUUAGGUUUCGAAUUGUCAAAAUUUAAUUUAAGUUUUGAUAAAUUCCGCGUUCAAUCAGACAUUUAAAACGUGGAAUUGAAACAGAAAUUAGAAUUGUGAGUGCAGACGUCAAGAGGUGUUUUUUUGCAAAUGCUGUAACUAAAGUUUUAGUAAACUUUAAAUAGUGUUAGAAGUGUGCUCCUUAAACGGUCUACACACGACAAUAAUGUUAGGGGCAAUGUCGGAGCAGUGUUGGAAAGCGCCCUAGCGAAAUCAGCGCUGAUUUUUCAUAGUACGCACGCCGAACCUAUUUUACCUCCAUCACCACUGCUCCAAUAUUGUGCCUGAGUUUAGUGUCGGUUUUAGGCAGUUCGCGUAUUAAAUUACUGAAUUUUGUAGUUUUAUCUGUCAUUUAAUACAUUAAUUGGGACAUAUUUGAAAACUGCUCAGAACUCUUAAUCUAUAUGAUAUACUAAAAAGAGGUAUACAUAAUUAUAUAUAUUGUCGGCAAUUUUAUUUAUUAUACAAAUCGUCGAUGUAAUAUUGUUAAAAUUCAAGAAAUGCAUUGAUUUUAUAUAUUUCGAUUUAUGUUACAAUAAAUUACAACUGCUCAGUUAACAUCGCAACAUAGAAAUCUCUUAGUAAAUGUACUAAGAUAUUUCCACGUUCUUCAUUAUUUGUUAUAUAUAUAUACCAAUUUUAAAUGACUCGUUACUUGAAAUCUGUGUGAAAUCUAUGACUAUUAAUAACCCUAUAAUGUCUAUUAAAGUUAUCCAGUUGUUUACAUAAUAUAAAUGAAUGUUAAUAACAAGAAUUCGUUUAUAACUAAUUUAUAAACAAAUUGCAAAACCAGACAAUGAUAUAUUUUUGCAAUGUUAUUAUUAAGAACAUAACUAAUCCAUGUUAUUCUUUCAUAAUAAUGUAUAUUAUGUAAAGAAUUAUAUAUUACAAAUUACAUAAAUUAUAGUACUCCAUAUUUUUAUAUCAUAAUACUAAAUAAUAGGUUCCUUCAGUAAGAAAUACCUCAAAUAUUUGUUUGUUAUUCUUAGUCUCGUACGUUUCAGUUAACUUAUUAUAUUAUUUAAGUGCGAAAGUCAUUGUUUUAGUCAUUUUGGUAGCGUUAGUAUACGGCAAUAGCGUUGUUUUUUUAUGUGUAACAUGCUAUUUUGUACCUGCUCAAGUAUAUGAAAAUAGCAUAUAACGAAUAUUUGUAUUGGAAUUAAUGUAAUCAAUUUUUGUGCGUACGUAGUUUUUAGAUAGUAGAAGUAUUCUAACUUGUAUGAUUAUUUUUUUUGUACUGUUUAAAUGUCAAAUUAUUUAUUGUUUACAAAAGUUCGCCUAAAAAUUUUAAUAUUUAAUUGAUUGUAUGUUUGUGUUAUUGUAAUUAUUAUUUGGAUAUAAUAGAUUUGAAAUCUGUCCUAUAUGCGAAUUACGUAAAAUUAUCCAGUACUAUCUGGUUUAAAAUAUGAUUUUGGAUUAAUGUCGUAGAGCUAAGAUAUUUGCAACAUCACGCACGUUACGCUUUCUCUUAUUUAUUUCAUUAUGUUACUUUGAAGUGUGAACUUUCAUUACUACCAAAUA